AUGGCGCAGGUGUUCCGUUCAGUUCAGAAAGCAUUCCGGGCUUUGGAACAAGCAGAAGGUGUAGGUGCAUUAGUGAGGAGGUCUAUUGGGGUGAGACGACAACGAAACUUUUCGCCCUUUUUGUUACUAGACCAUUUCACAGUUUCACACCCUUCUGGGUUUCCGGAUCACCCUCAUCAUGGACAGGAAACGAUCACGUAUAUACAGCAGGGAAUGAUUGCUCAUGAGGAUUUCACGGGCUCCAAAGGGAUUCUCAGACCUGGUGACUUACAAUUUAUGACGGCUGGGAAGGGGAUAGUGCACUCUGAAAUCCCAGUGUUGACGAAGGAUGCCAAAGCUGCAGUUGGGUUACAGCUUUGGGUGGAUCUGCCCAAAAACAUGAAAGACUGCCCUCCACGGUACAGAAACUUGAGGGCUUCAGAAAUCCCCAUUGCUCAACCAAACGAACACCUCAAAGUUAAGGUGAUCAGUGGGAAGUCCUAUGGUGUCGAAUCAGUGAAAGAGUUGGCCUAUACACCUGUCGAUUUUUACCACUACAUCUCUGAUAAGGAGGGGAUUAAUUUUGUUCAGGAAAUUCCUGAAAAUUACAACGCAUUCCUUUAUGUUAUGGAGGGCUCUGUUGUGGUCGAUGGGCAGGAAUACCCUCAAUAUUCCACCAUAUUUUACAACGCGAAUGGGAAUGCUAUCAAAGGUGUCACGGGUGAGAAGAAUACUGAAUUUGCAAUUAUUGCCGGCUUAAUAUUAGAUCAAGACAUUGUACAACAUGGUCCUUUUGUGGAAACUUCCCCCGAGAAAAUGAAAGAGGUUUUCAGGAACUAUCAAUGGGGUAUUAAUGGAUUUGAGAAGGCAAUUAACUGGGAAUCUUCUAUCAUAAAUGGGAUAACUGAAAAAGAUAUUACGAAUUUUGAGAGCCAACCCAAAGAAAAAUGA